AACCUAUUCUAUGGUUGUCACAGGUCUUUGGAACUUGGGGACGUUCUGAUGUUACGUAAAUAUAGGUGAAUGUCAAGAUUUUGAGAUUUUACCGAUAUUUUCGGCAGCCGCAUUGCCCACGCUAAAAAGAGAUUACUAAGAAAAUCAAACAUUAUAUAACCUACGCCUUUAAAAACUCUUUUUAGCAUGGCUGCUAAUGUUGGGAGGAUAUAUGGGACUGCCCUUUUUAAAUCCACGAGUAUUUGCUCUGUGGGGCAGAUAACUUCAUAUUCCACGACGAGAGAAUGGACAAGUCGGAAAACGCUGCUGAGAACCCUUGGAAUUCUAACUGGUGGAGCCGGUGCCCUGAUUUUGGCAUUAGAUAGGUCUGUAAAAGCUGCUAACGUGGAUCUACAUCCACCCAAAAACCCAUGGAGCCAUAACGGCCUCAUCAGUUCAUUUGAUCAUGCCAGUCUUCGAAGGGGAUAUGAGGUGUACAAACAAGUUUGCGCGGCAUGUCAUUCAAUGCGUUUUAUCUGUUAUCGUCAUUUGGUGGGGGUUACUCAUACUGAGGAACAGGCUAAAGCUGAGGCCGGAGAGCAAAUGGUUACUGAUGGUCCAGAUGAGACUGGGGCAAUGUUUCAAAGACCUGGAAAAUUGUCAGAUACUUUUCCUAAUCCCUAUCCAAAUGAGGAAGCAGCUAGAGCAGCAAAUAAUGGUGCUUUCCCCCCUGAUUUGAGUUAUAUCCAGUUGGCACGUCAUGGAGGUGAGGAUUACAUCUUUGCACUUCUUACUGGUUAUUGUGAUGCUCCCGCUGGAGUAGUAUUGAGGGAGGGUCAAAACUACAAUCCUUAUUUCCCUGGAGGGGCCAUUUCAAUGGCACAGGCUCUGUUUAAUGAAGUUAUUGAGUAUGAAGAUGGUACACCCGCCACUGCUAGUCAACUAGCCAAGGAUGUUGCCACUUUCUUAACAUGGGCUUCUCAACCCGAACAUGAUGAUAGGAAACGUAUGUUUAUCAAAUGUAUGGGAAUAUUAGGCAUCCUGAUUGGUGUGACCUAUUACAUCAAGAGAUUUAAGUUUUCAACACUAAAAACGAGAAAAAUUGAAUUCAGACCUAAAAAGUAAAGGGGACUUGUAUUUUACAAUAGCUUAAUUUGUGUAAGUGUAAUUUUAUUAAAAGAGAGAUGUGUCAUCUUCUUCACCCAUUCUAUUUUUUCUUGUUAAAAAAUAAACAUUUACUUUAACCAA